GGAUCGAGCUGAGGUAUGCCGAGGACGUGUUCGGACUUCGGCCGGCUCUUUCGAACGAUACCGCCGCUCCUCCAGCGACGUGAAGUUGCCGCGAGACCCACGAGCUCCCACCCAUCAUCGUUCUCGUCCGCCGCCGCGUCCCGGCAGUCCCGGCACGACGGAUGUGAUAAAAGCUCGCCGCCGUCGCCGCCGGCCAGUCGCCGCAAAACACUGGGGGACUUGUUUGUACCUGUAAACCACGUCGUGUUCGAUUCCGCGCUUGACGUAUCUUCGUUUAGACGAUUUUAUAGUAGUUGCGAGAAAUCAACCGGCGAGAUGGCCUGCCCAAUGAGAGACCCCGCUUCGGAACAGCUGAACGAUUACAAGAGAAAACUUAAGGGUGAGGCACCUGUAUUAUUAACCGCCAAUGGAGCGCCCAUCGCCGAGAAGAAGGCCAGCCUCACGGUUGGUCCUCGUGGACCCAUGUUGCUGCAAGACUUCGUUUACUUGGACGAAAUGUCACACUUUGCUAGGGAAAGAAUUCCCGAACGAGUUGUGCACGCGAAGGGUGCCGGUGCGUUUGGCUACUUUGAAGUUACUCACGACAUCACCAAGUAUUCUAAAGCCAAGAUAUUUUCCAGCAUUGGAAAGAGGACGCCUAUUGCUAUAAGGUGCUCUACCGUCGGUGGUGAAAGCGGUUCUGCCGACACUGUCAGAGAUCCACGUGGAUUCGCCGUGAAAUUUUACACCGAGGAGGGUAUUUGGGAUCUCGUGGGCAACAAUACGCCGAUCUUCUUCAUUAAGGAUCCUCUCUUCUUCCCGAGUUUCAUACACACGCAGAAGAGAAAUCCAGCGACUCACUUGAAGGAUGCCGACAUGUUCUGGGACUUCAUUUCCCUCAGGCCUGAGACGACGCAUCAAGUUAUGUUCCUCUUCGGCGAUCGUGGCAUUCCCGACGGAUAUCGCCAUAUGAAUGGCUAUGGUUCGCAUACGUUUAAAUUGGUGAACAGCAAGAAUGAAAUGGUCUAUUGCAAAUUCCAUUACAAGACGAAUCAAGGCAUCAAGAAUAUCCUUGCAGAGAAGGCCGCCGAGCUUAGCGCUUCCGAUCCGGAUUACUCGAUCAGAGAUCUUUAUAAUGCUAUCGCUAAGAGCCAGUCUCCGUCCUGGACGCUCUAUAUCCAAGUGAUGACCGCUGAACAAGCAAAGAUGUUCAAGUGGAAUCCGUUUGACUUGACAAAGGUGUGGCCGCACAAGGAUUACCCAUUGAUACCGGUGGGCAAACUGGUGCUGGAUCGUAAUCCGGAGAAUUACUUCGCCGACGUGGAACAAAUGGCCUUCGAUCCGGCGCACAUGGUACCUGGUAUCGAGCCAAGUCCUGAUAAGAUGCUGCAGGGCCGACUCUUUGCCUACGGCGACACUCACAGGCAUCGCCUGGGACCGAAUCAUCUCCAAUUAGCAGUGAAUUGUCCUUACAAGGCGAUUUCCGCGAUGCAUUAUCAACGGGAUGGUUUCAUGCCGGUCAACAAUCACGGCGGCGCACCGAAUUAUUAUCCGAACAGCUUCAGCGGACCGAAGGAAUGUCCGGCCGUUCGCUCGCCGCCGUUCCCCGCGAGCGGUGACGUGGACCGUUACGAUCCCGUAGACGAGGACGACUUCGGUCAAGCUUCGACCUUCUGGAAUAAGACUCUCGACGAGGCAGCUAGGGAGAGACUGGUGCAGAAUAUGGUCGGAAGUCUACGCAACGCCUCGACAUUCAUCGUCGAGCGAGCUGUGCGAAACUUCGCUCGGGUGGACGUCGACCUCGCUCAGAGAUUGACGGACGGCUUGCGCAGAUGCGGAAUGAACAUUAACUACUUGGGAAAAUCGGCCAAUCUGUGAAGAGGAUAUAAUUGUCUCUUUCUCUUUCAUUUUGUACCAUUUAUACGUACCCUACUAUCGAAUACGUAACAAAAAUGUUAAAUACAUAAUUACGAUAUGUAACACUUUGUAUUAAUCGAAAACGUCAGAAAGAAUUUCUGCAACGCCGUACGUUGCUUUCAAACAAUAUUUUAUUGUAGAGUUAUCGUUUUAUAAUACUAAUACUAUUUCACGAGGGGUGUAGGUGUAAAGCUGUCAAUGAUGCCUUUUUACAUACAAGCUGCAACGUUUUUUGAAAAAGACAAAAUCGAAUGUUGUUCCACUAUUUUUUAGAAUGCUGCAUUUUACUGUAGUGAAGUAUUUUGAACUUUGUACAUGAAUACCAUUAAUUAGAUUUCAUGGCACUUUCAAAGAAGGAAUGUGUGUUGGGAUUUAUAUGUAAAUAAAAUUAUAGAAAUUGCUAUGUAAA